AUGACAAUUUCUGGCACUGAAUCAAAGUCGGGGCCAAUUUUGAAUCUCUACGAUGAUGCGAGAGAAAUGGAAACUAUUUCUCUUUUUGACGGUGAUACAUUUGAGCAAAAGAAGAUUCUGUCGGCUAUUUCGAAUUGUAUAUUCGGCAAAUUGGGUGCAGUAAGCCAGUAUCUGGAGACUUCAACGGAGGCGAAACUUUUUCUGCACGGAAAAGACGAGACUGGAAACACAACCUUGAUUAUGGCUGCAGCAGAAAAGAGCAACGAGAUGGUGUCGCUCCUUUUACAGAAAGGUGCGGAUGUUGACGCUACCAAUAAUAAUGGACGAAGUGCGCUCAUGGAGGCUGCCCUUUGGGGUCGCCUGAGGAGUGUGAAAGCGUUGCUCGAGUCUAAUGCCUCCAAAUGCGUCAAGGACCGUCACGGUCGUAGUGCAAUGGAUCUAGCACAGCCAACUCGCCGAAAUGAAAAAGAGAGAUAUAGUCGCUCUAGCCGUGCGGCUGCAGACAACGUCCCUGAACGUGACAGAGACAGGCGACAUAUCGCUAUCUUACUCAGUGACUCGAACGGUGAGAAGCGUCAUGCAUACACUGGGCCACUUUCAGAGAGUGAGCGGAACAACUAUUUCUUCAGGAAAUCCGAGUCGGAGAUGGUAAUAACUCUUCAUGGUCCCAUUCAAAGCUACCACGUCCUGUGGAUCAAGAAAACUGCUGCCGUUCUUGACCGGGGAAAUCAGUUUGCUCGGAUAUCGGCAACUAGUGGUUGGGGUGUUGAUUCACUGCCUCCAAACGUUCAUGAUAUGCCAUCCUGGACCGAGCAGGUCUAUUACAUCGCAUCCAUAAUUGGCCAUAGGUUCGAAGAACCGCAAUAUCUAAACCGGGAUCAGGGCAAGCCAGGCCAGUAUUAUGCUUGCCAUGCAGAGAAAAAGCUCAUCGCCUACUUCUUAGACAAGCACGUAUUCUUGCCUAAAGACAGACAGCCUGAUCAGGCGUUGGAAGACUCAAUCCUUGAAGUGGAAACCUCUUUGGAAGAAGGAAAGCACCUGUCUAUUGUCUGGGCCAAGGUGUGUGAUCUGGAAGAGAGGAAAACUAACUUGGACCGCCAGCUCUUCAGUGCAGAUGAUCGAUUGCUUGGUGAGUCUUAUGAUGAGCAAGAGGUCAAUAAGCUGAAACGUAAGAUUCACACAACCGACGAAGAACUGUCAAGCCUUGAGUCGGACACUUUCGUGACUACAAUGAGAGCUCAACAGAAGAAGGAACGCAAGUUGUCGAAGAAAGAAAAGACACAUCGAGAUCUGAUGAAGCUGAGUAGGAAUGAGCCCUCCAUCUCGUUGAAAAGUGCCGUCAUACUGAGCAGCAACAAGAUAUGCCAAGACUGUGAUACUUUUAGGAAACUGGUGAAUGCCCGUUUCCAGCUGCAUAUCGAAAUGAACUGGCGUAUCAUCCCGGAGGUCAUUGACGGACCACCUUGA